AUGCGAAGCAGCCUGAAUAAUGACUUGCGACACCAGAAAGGAUGGGCAGCUUCUUCUUCAUCGACCGCAUCUUCUUGGUCGAACAUACAAAGUGCGGUUCACCGUCAAAAUCAACCUGCCCAACCAGGUCUUCGGCAAACAAGAACUCGCUUUUUCUCUACUUCGAGCAACGUCGCACCAGCAUCGUCAGGAGGUAGGAAAAAACGUGGGAAAAUCUCGCCAAUGCUACCUAUACCACGAUCAUCCCGCGAUGGUAGAGUUCAAGUGAGCGACCUUUUUGAUGGCACUAGUUUGACCAAUGCGACGGCAGAAACACUCGCAGCAAAGAGCAUACUGACGCAAUAUGGUGGCGAUGUCCCUGAGCAUCUAGCGCGAUACCGUAUGGAUGACGAAGAACAGGGAGAAUCCAUGGAAGGAAAUGCACCGUUUGUUACGGCUACAAUAAGCUUGGCUUUUCAAUUUUUUUCGCUGAGUAACACGAAAUGGAAUAGGCAUUGAAAAACCAGGUAUAAGGAUGUUGCACUUUUAAUUCUGCGUCAGGCAUAAUACCGAACGAAGCGUCUACUGGGGUAACUAGCGGUGCAUUUGGAGCUGUGAACAAGUCUCAGAUUUUGAACACACAUCGGAACAGGGUUCCACCUGAUUGGACUGCAGGUGAUAUGGAAUUAGAGGAAGCAGCAGAACAAAUGGAGGACGGUGAUGGUGUUGGAGGUAGUGCUUCCAGUUCUAGACCGCUUACCCCUGGGUCUACUGGUAAGGUAAAGGAACGC